AUGCCGACGUUUAAAGGUGUUACUGUCGAGAUCCACUGCCCCAAGGAUCCGCCCACCGAUGUCGAGAACUUCAACUGGGCCCACGUCCAGCACGGCGCUGUCUCCGAGCACGGUACCUACAAGCUCCGUCAUACCCCGAAAAUUACUUCGUAUAUCCCUGCAAUAACCAACUGCCCGUUCGCCGUCUCCAUCACCAUCUUGGAUAGCUACGAGCCCAAGGUCAAAGGAGACGACCGGGAGUCAUUGGCUGCCUACGUCUAUUUCGACGGCAAGAGCAAGGAGGAAACUGCUACUCUUCUGCGGCGCGGGGUCGAGACCUGGAUUUCGAGCAGAUGGAUCGAAGUCGCCGAGGGUCAACUGGCUGAGCGAGAAUUUGUAUUCCGUGAAGUCGGCCUCGAGAAUUUCUUCAACACCUUAGACAUUUCCAAGGAGAAGAAGUCCGAGUCCGAUGCUGCCGCCCUGAAUCGGAGGCAUAGCAUGCCAGCAUCCGUCGUUGGUAACAUGGAGGAUGAGGGCGAGACCAAAGCUUCUAAGCCGAAGGAGUCAGCCGGUCAGAUCCGUGUCGAUCUGUUCCGCGUGAGAUGUGAGGGCCCGGUCCGCAGGGGCGUGUGGGGAGACAUGUUCAAGGACCAUCUGGCAAACGGCGGCAAUCCCGAGGGCGAUGUUGGUGGCGACGUCGAUGUCAGCCACACUGCUGGCUUCUCUGACCCGAAGCCCCUAGAUAAGGAGACCGUUUCCACCCAAUCCGUCAGCCACCUCGAUGCCGACGGUGUUGUUUUCGCGAGCUUCAUCUUUUUUUACCGAUCCGAGCACCAGCUCAAGAAGAUCGGGCUGAUCAAGCCGCCGGCUCUCCCCGCUCGAGCAAGCUCAACACAGAACACCCCGGCCAAGCCCAAGCAAGCCGACUUCUCGUCGCUCCUCGGAUCGACAACCGGCGAACUCAUUCCCAAGGGGGAUGACAUUUACAAGGGCCGCAACAGCUUCGGCGAUUUCCGAGAUUCGCUCCCACAGCCCACCAAGAAUAAGUCCAACGGCAAGCGUCUCAACGGCUUCAGCGAGGACGACGAUCCCUUGUUGGGAGACGAACUCAACCGUGAUCCUCGGGAUAUGGCGAGGGAACACAUGAAGACCGAGGAGGAAGUGCGGAUGGAGGACCAGCUGGCGGCACAGAUUAGCCGUGUCAAGCUCAAGAGGUCCCACUCGAUCACGUCGCUCAAGUCGGACGGUCCCGAGACACCCCCGGCACAACCCACCGACACGAUCCCAAGCAUUUUCAGUCCUACGGCUUUCACGCCCGGACGUCUUCCCGACAAGGAGCCCGAGACUCCCGCCAAGAAGAGGAAGGGCAGCGGGGACAGCGAUGUCAAGAGUCCUACCGCCCCGACCCGCGGGCUGAACUUCGGCGGACCACCGGAGAGAGGAGGCCACGGCUUCGGAGGAUUGUUGGGCGCACCUCUGGUUGCCAUGGAGGAGGAGGAGUUGUAG